GAGCGAGAAAGGGAAGGUAGAGAGCGAAGGGUUUGAUGACAUUUGUUUUGUGGUGGCGUGACAGAACAGAUGGCUCAUUACGCCUGUGAAUGCUCUGCUCACGGGGCUUUGUUUUGCCGUAAUUUGAUCUCCGCUCUGUUGAGAGUAUUUACAGAUUCAAGGGAGAUGAAUUACUGUAAAACACAUGGCUGGGUCAUUAAGAGCUGGCAAAUAUGCUCUUUAUUGGAGGAGAGGAUAAAACUAAAAACAACCUCAUUGAGGGGAGGAUUAUCAAGCUACAUAUAGAGUAGGAAUAUACUAGUAGUAUUUUUCUUACGGUAUAUGUUCUGUUUGCUUAGUUUAGUGUCACAUACCUGACUAUUCCUGGAGACAAUGUAUGGCUUUUGUGCUGGAUAUCUGGGCCUGAAGGCUAUAGCAGGCCUCACUGUCUCCUCCGUAACAUCAACAAACACUGCAAUGUCACCCUCAUCUGUUACGGCAGUCAAAGACCUUUUAGAGCAGGGCAUCAAAUCAAACUGACAUAUCCUCAUUCAAACAUACUUCCCACUUAAUAAUCGCUUGUAUUUCCAGGAUAUUUUCCUCAUUUAGUGUCACCAUUUAGUGUUUGUAGACUCAUUGUUCUUGUUUUUCUCCACUUAGUGAACCAGCCUCUCAAUGGUAUCAUUGGGAAUCAAUUUUCUGCAUGGAGAGUCGUGACAUUAAAAUGCAAAAGGGUAAAGAGAGCCACAGGCUAGACACCUAGCGGGGCAGAUUUCACUCACUCUAUGGGGGGGCAGACUCAUAGAGACGGCAGAGAAUGUGCUCUUAUGCACAGUAGAUUUUUUUUUGUGACAGGAAAUGCUUUCUGUAGAUUUCUUCAAAGAUAAUUUACAUCAGAUGUCCUUUUCUGUGGAAUGCUGCGGAAGAGUUUCUUAGGAAUUCAAACAUUCUGAACUUGUUUCAAACAUGAUCAUUGGUGAACACCCAAAUCAGUGAAAUUACUAUACAAACGCUGUACAGUAAUGAAUUAUGCCUCAAUGGCUUGCAAAAUAGUGUUUUUCAUUCAUAUUCAUAUAUUCAUAUUUCAUAUUUGCAUUGUCCCCCUACCUAGUGAAUGAUCUCCGAUUGAGUGAAUGAUCUAAUUUGUACUAUUAAACAAUCAUUAGCCAUUCUGCCUAUGGAAAAUACAACAGGUUCUUUAGAAUGUUACUCUCCAGUAAAAUAUUAUAUAGAAUAGAGGGUAGACCUUCAGUCAGAUUUGUUUUUUUGCAAAGACCUGUCCCAGCUAGUUCACAGUCCUGAGUGACCAUGGCGGUCAUGUUAAAUGCACUCACUGACAUCUAGUGGCGUUCUACGGUACUGUAGCUUCCUUUUUUCCAGAGAGCUCCUGAUGAUGCUACCAGUGACCACCUGACCUUGCAUUACUGCAGUAAUCUCACACACACACAUUUAAUGCGUGCGCGACCUUUUCCAAAGUGCAGCCAUCUAUUUGGAGCUGUGCCUGGAGAUGUUAGCGAGGAGAGGAUAGAGAGGAUGGUUCCCCUCUUCAUAGUGGGUUUUGAACGAUGUUGCUUGGAAUUUGGUGAGGAUGGAUCAUUGAGGGGAUGAUGAAACCCACAGAAGAGAAAAGGUGUGUUUUGCUCGUGACGAGUGGGUGAGGAUGACCGAGAGCCAAGGUGGACACGAGCCCAACCGAACUCAAGAGUUGAGAGCCGUCGUUGUUCGCAAGAAACAAAGAGCGGGCACAUUCAAACUGCGGGUCAUCUUCUUGGAUGACAGUGAGAGCAUAUUUGAGGUUGAGCAAAGGAUCCUUGGAAAUGAUUUCUACAACAAAGUAUGUGGACACUUGAAGCUGUUGGAAAAAGAGUAUUUUGGCCUUGAGUUCCGUCACCAGUGUGGCAGUUAUAUGUGGUUGGAACUGCUAAAGCCCCUGGCCAAGCAAGUCAAAAACACCAGUGAUCCAACUUUCCGCUUCAUAGUGAAGUUCUUCCCCCCAGACCCAGGGCAGCUGCAGAAAGAACUGACCAGGUACCUGUUUGCAUUGCAGAUUAAACAGGAUUUGUCCAAUGGGAGUCUUACUUGCAAUGAUAACAGCGCUGCUCUCCUCGUCUCACAUUUACUUCAGUCAGAGCUAGGUGACUACGAGGAGGAACUUGACUUGCAACAUCUAGAGACCAAGAACUACGUACCCAACCAGGAGUGCCUCCACAAGAAGAUCCUGCGCUUCCACAAGAGGCACAGGGGCCAGACACCAGGUGAGGCAGACAGCCAGCUGCUAGAGGUGGCUCGGAAGCUGGACAUGUACGGGAUCCGCCCACAGGCUGCCAAUGAUGGAGAGGGCACCAAGAUCAACCUGGCCAUCACACACUCUGGAGUGUUGGUCUUCCAGGGCAACACCAAGAUAAACACUUUCAGCUGGGCCUCAAUCCGCAAACUGAGUUUUAAAAGAAAGCAUUUUUUGAUUAAACUCCAUGCUAAGAUUGUGCCCUCUCGUAAGGACACAGUAGAGCUAGCCAUGGCCAGCCGGGAUGUGUGUAAGGCCUUCUGGAAGACGUGUGUAGAGUACCAUGCCUUCUUCCGUCUCUCUGAGGAGCCCAAGUCCCGACACAAGUCCUUCCUCUACAGUAAAGGCUCCUGCUUCAGAUACAGUGGUAGGACCCAGCAACAACUGUUGGACUGUGUCAGGAGAGGGGGGAGGAAGAACCUGCCUUUUGAAAGGAAGUUCUACAAGGCCCACUAUGAUAACAGGCAGUGCAGGUCCUCUCCUGACCUCCUCACUGAUGUCUCCAAACAGGUGUAUGAGCAGACCUGUGGGUUCCCCCAUGCCGACUGUGCCCCGGGUGGGAAGCGCAGUCAGUCUGCUGUGGAGGUGCUGUUCACCACUAUGGAUCUGGAGGGCCCCCCGUCCCACUCUGCACACACUUCUGCCUUCGGCCAGUCCCGCUCCUCUUCCUUCUCUGGGGCUGAGCCAGGGCCCACAGCGCUACAGGGGCUGCGGUGCCACAGUGAGAGGGCCACGCAGAGCUUCAACCGCAGCAGCAAUGUGGCUGAGGGGCCUCAGAGGGGCCGACUGCUGGCCAAUACACAGCAGCUGGUCCUGCUCUACCCCAGCCCUCACUCCCACCUUUACCCCUACCCCUGCCUGGAGCUGCACCCCAUCCUGCCCCUCUCUGCUCAGGCCUACAUGUCUGGCUGCUCCUCUUUCUCCUUGGACCACGCUCCAGCCCCACUGCCUCUGUCCCACUACGGCCCAAGGCCUGCUCCCCAGGCCGCCCUCCUGGACGAGUUCAUCCGCUCCUCCAGUUUCUCCAACCCCUCCUCCUUGUCUCCCGGUCUGCGGCGCCAGCGCCAUCGCUACAACGUGCCUCCAAGCAUGGCUAUCGCUCCGGGGCUGUAUGCUGCCACUCUGGCUGGUUGUGGUGCUGGUCGGAGAGAAUUUGGCAGAGAGGAGACGGCAGGCCACUUCAGUGAUGACUCCAGCUACCAGGCAGGCCUGCCCAAGCGCUCCUGGAGCCAGUCUGAUGUGAAGGUCCUCCGGCCCUCUGCCCCAGCAGCAGAGUUCCGCCCUCUAGGUCACUACCCUCACCUAUCACGCCGACACUCGCCUGCACGCCCAACACACCUCCCUCUUAACCUGUCCCCCAUGCCUGAACGGCCCGCCUCUGUGUGCGUGCUAGGUGCCGGGAGCAGGACAGGGAGUGGAGAGAUCAGCCUCAGUGACUCAGACGUCAUGUUCCCAUACUACUGCCCAGGGCUAGGGAAACUGGUGCGCUCUGGCCCCCUGGCUCGGAUGCGCAUUUCAUCUGGUAGUCUGCAGCUGGACGAGGGGGAGGAAGACUCCUUUAACUUAAGUGACCCUGAAGGCAGUGCAGCAACAAAGCGGUCAUGAGCCAAUCAGAGCGUUAGUAUUUGUACUGGCGCUAUCCCUAGCCACUCACAGCUUAUUCUCUUUGGUGGGCCUGUGGUUACAAUGGGAGGUCCUCCUGACCCGAUAAAUCUCUAAAAAGGGUUUUUGUGACCAUUCCCACAGGCCCCGAUGGUUCCGGUCACUGGUCAUAUUUGAAGAUGAAGGCAUGAGAGACGCACCAAACUGAUGGACCUGACUUCAUAAGCAUGCCUCGAAGAAACCGUCAAACAAUUCACAUUUUUUGGGGAAUAGACUUUACAUGAACAAAUGUAAUUACUUGCACCACCUAAGAUAAGUACUUGGAUGAAAGACAAAACAGCCCCUCUUCAGAGUCUUACCAUUUCAGUGCUGGAUUUUGAUGGACCUUAUAGGCUACUGUACUGGUCUCACCUCACUGUCAACAGUCUAAGGAACUCCAACUGUUAUUGGAAUAUUCCUAAUGAAACAAGCCUUUUGAAAAUGGUUUCAAAGACCGCAAGGACUGUGGAAAGAAUAAGGACUUUCUAUGCACUACUUAGCUGCACAUAACAGGAAGUGGACCGGCUUCAGAAACAAAAUGGGAAUACUGUAGACUUGUCCACCAUUCUGCCGUUGAAAGAUACUGAUGCAAUUCAAUGUAUUUUCAUGGAAUACUGACUGACACAUUCAAUAAAAAAAAAAAAACAGAAAUUCAUAAUUUAAAUAUUUAUUUUCAAAACCAAACCAAAAUGAAUUUUGCAACGAUUGAAGCAAAGACUAUCCAAUAUAUACAUUUGACAGCUUCCUGUAAAGCUAAGUCAACAGUUUCUUUUAUAAAGUUCAGAUACAGAAAUAUAAAAAAAAAUCUUGUUUUCCAUCUGCAUGUAAUUGAUGAGGAAAUACAAAAAUAUGCAAUGAUCAAAUGCAUUAUUGCCUUCACAAACUUAUUAUUACUAUUUAAUGCAUUCGAUGAUACAUGACCACAAUUAAAUAGAGAAUAUCACUACGAUUUAAGUAUUAGGCACCAUUGGAUGUUAAGUUGGCAUACUUCCUCCCUUCCAAAAGGGGCUCUGUCACCACCACACCAAAGAUGGCACCCUUUUGUAUGUAUGUGUCUGAGCUUGGCUGAUAACAUUCUCAAGAAAAUCUUUAUUUGGGAUUUGUUCAAAAGGACACGACUCCCAGUAGAGUGCUCAAGGACUCAGACCAAAAUGUUUCAAACAUUACAAUACCCACAUUGCCAUUUCACUUGAGCACUUGUCAAGUAUUUUUGGUAGAGGGAGAGCAUAGUGUCUUUAAGACAGAAAAGUCCCCCGUCUCCCUUGAGAUCUAGUCUAAGUAGGGAAAUAAACUAGCAAGCGUAUUUAGAAAAAGCUGCAUCCCCAUCAAAGUGUGUGCAGUGCAUAUUUCCUUCAAAAGUAGAUCUCCAAAGCCUCCAAUAGGAUUGCCCUUCUCGAGCUAAGAUCCCCUAAGAUAGAUAUGAUUUGUAUCUUUUGGAAUGAGAGGGAGCGUGAUACAUCUUUUGCACAGCAAAGUCUUCCCAUUUCCGAUACGGUCUUUCCUAAUGCCCAAAACAAGUGACCCCCUUUCCAAUUGUCACCGAACAGAAGUUUCCGUUUACAGACAUCCACUGGUCUGAGCCUUUCCCCCCACCCACGGACUGCUCUCAGCAGAGGUAUUGAACUCCUGUGGUUUGACUAGAUAUGCAGUUCUCCAAACAGCAGGUUUCUAAAUGCUACAAGUGACAUGAAGAUGGUAAGCUAGACAUCAGAAACAAGUGCAGUACACUGAACA